AGCCAUUGUGGCUCAAGCCCAUCUAGAUCAAGGCGCUUGCACAGACCAAAGGUAGCCAUCACACACGCGUACACCUUUUUUUUGACCAUACAUAUCAGCUCAGUUCCGUUUGUGGAUGAUGCGCCAUCUAUUGGUCGUCAGUUUGGUCGAGGCUCUCGGCGCCUGUGGCCUGGCCCCUGCAGACGACCUCAGACUGUUUCAGACGCGGAGCUCGGGCCAGACGCAGUCGUUGUCAAGAGAUGAUCGACUGUCGACCCAGAAACCCGAUGCGUCCAAGAUGACCGUUGCGACACAGUCGAGGGACACAUCGGGGAGGGAGUUUUUCACAUAUGCUUCCGUGCCCAUCUACGCCGCUUCACCAAUGAGUGGUGCCGCCGCCGCUGGCAGUAUCAGUGUAGCGCGCCCGUGGAUGAUCAUGUUGCAAAGCGACGCAACAGAAGAGGAGACCGUGACCAUGAGCAAGGAGUUGCCGAACGGCCUUGCGACACACGCGAGCAUGGGCGAGGUGCCCAUGGUGAUGGGGAGCAUGGAUGUAAGUAGCCUCCACUCGUUCAUCAACAACCACCCAGGUCGUCUGAAGUUUGUCGUAGAGGAUCGGUUCGAGCAAAGGGUGGAAACGCCGGUCAUGGAAGAGGCUUCGAACUCGGAGCGACGGACCUACCCAUGGGGCAUUCAGUACCUCAAUGCGGACGUGGUCCGUGGGAAAGGCGCGGGGGUGAGCGUGUACGUGCUGGACACCGGGAUUCGCAUCACCCACAACGAGUUCGGCGGUCGGGCCUUCGCCGGAGUGGACGUCGCCGCCUCGGGGACGUACCCAGGCACUCUCACAGUGUGCUCGCCGUCCAGCACAACGUGCGCUGACGACCAGCAUGGGCACGGCAGCCAUUGCGCGGGAUCGGUGGGGGCCUCGACGUAUGGCGUCGCAGAUGGCGCUUCCAUCUACGCAAUGAAGGUCCUGAAUAACGCAGGCUCUGGCUGGACUACAUGGUCAAUUCUAGCCGAGCAGUGGAUCUUGUCGUCUGGGAACAGACCAGCGGUAGUCAGCAUCAGUAUCCAGGCCAACUACAAUGACUUCGCAGAGGAAACCUCCAUCGACAACCUGGUGGCCGAUGGCGUGACCGUGGUGGUGGCUGCAGGGAACGCCAACGCAGACGCGUGCACUUAUAAUCCAGCUUGGAUUUCGUCGGCGAUCACCGUAGCUGCUUUCGGUGGGGCUUCGGGGAGCUCAUGGGACAGGUCUUCGUACAGCAACUGGGGCUCUUGCAUCGAUGUUUAUGCUCCAGGCACGAACAUCCUUUCGCUGGGCCCAUUCAGCGACACCCAGACGUAUUUCAACACGGGCACAUCUAUGGCUUGUCCGCACGUGUCCGGCCUCGCGGCCAGGAUGUAUGAGGCGUAUCCUACGGCGGGGUCCAUGACCGCUGCGCAGAGGUGGGAUCUCCUGACGGCCGCAAACUGCACAGGCUGUGUCACAAAUGACGCGACUCCCACACCCACUGUCAACCUGGUGGCGUUGGCCACUUCCCCUACUCCCGCGCCUAUGAUCUCGCCCACUCCCUCGCCUACGUUCUCGCCUACGCUACCGCCCACGCCCUCUCCCACGCCUUCGCCUACGCCCUUGUCCACGCCAGGACCCACGCCUUCGCCAACGCUGUAUCCCACGCCCUCGCCUACGUCCUCGCCAACGCCCUCGCCGACGCCUUCGCCUACGCCCGUGCCUACGCCAUCGCCUACGCCCUCGCCGACGCCUGGACCCACGCCGUCGCCCACGCUGAAUCCCACGCCGGCGCCAACGCUCUCGCCGACGCCCUUGCCCACGCCCUACCCCACGGAGUCACCCUCUCCCUCGCCUACGAUCUCGCCCACGCCGGCACCUACGCCAAUGCCCACGCUUUCACCAACGCCCUCGCCCACGGACUCGCCGACGCCAUCCCCUUCGCCUUCUCCUACGUCCUCCCCUACGCCUUCACCCACGCUCGCGCCCUCUCCCUCGCCUACGCUGUCGCCUACAACCUCACCUACGGACUCUCCAACGCCAUCGCCUUCCGCUUCACCUACGACCUCGCCUACGCUUUCGCCCACGAUCGCGCCUACGCACUCGCCUACAUCCUUUCCUACGCUGUGGCCUACGCCCUCGCCUACGCUGUCGCCCACGCCUUCGCCCACGCCUUCGCCCACGCCCUCGCCUACGUUCUCGCCAACGCCCUCGCCGACGCCUUCGCCCACGCCCUCGCCUACGCCCUCGCCUACGCUGUCGCCCACGCCUUCGCCCACGCCAAUGCCCACGCCCUCGCCUACGUUCUCGCCAACGCCCUCGCCGACGCCUUCGCCCACGCCUUCGCCUACGCCCUCGCCCACGCCCGAUCCCACGGCGUCACCCUCUCCCUCGCCUACGCUAAUGCCCACGCCCUCGCCAACGCCCUUUCCUACGGACUCGCCAACGCCAUUGCCUUCGCUGUCACCUACGCCGAAUCCCACGUCAUAUCCCACGCCCUACCCCACGCCCUAUCCUACACCUUCGCCUACUCCGUCGCCUUCGCCCUCACCUACGCCCUCGCCUACGCCGUAUCCCACGCCAUAUCCCACCCCCUAUCCCACGUUCUAUCCCACGCACUAUCCCACGCCAUCUCCCACGCCCUCGCCUACGCUGUAUCCCACGCCAUAUCCCACGCCCUACCCCACACCGUAUCCCACGCCCUAUCCCACGCCCUAUCCUACGGCCAAUUCGUGUGGCAAGUACUCCUCCUGCAAGCCGUGCCAAUAUGCGGUGGGGUGUUACUGGUGCAGGUCAAAUUCGUGGUGGUCUGUGUACUCUGGCCAGUGCCUUUCCGCUGGGACGAUCGCCAACUGCCUGUGGAUGUCCCCGACUUGCCGUUGGAGGUGGUGGUACUAUUUCACCUGGAGGUUCCGCCUCCGGGUCAGACGGGCCUACUCAUCGGCGUUCAUUGGAGACAGCUUCGUGCGAGGAGCCUUCGAACGCUCUGGAAAGUCCCGGGUGUCUGCCCUGCCGUCUAGUUCGGUGGUGUCCGUCCGGCUUUCUAUUCCAAGUCUCCGCAGGGAUGCCUCGGACACGGAUGAGAAGGAUGAGAUUGAGGUGGAGUAUUCUGUAGCAGUGCCUGGCGACGACGGCGACGACUCGGACGGUGUCGAUCAGCAGCAGGUCGACUCGCUCUCGGCAGAUUUGGCGCAGGUCUCAGCGGAGGAGUACACACAGGAUUUCGUAUCAGAGAUGAGCGGUGUGGCAGGCGCGGCGGCUUUCGGUGUGGAGGCAGUGAGCAAUUCUGCUACAGCCCCUACGGUGACCACGGUAACAGAUCCUCCGACGCCGAGUCCGACGCCGAGCCCGACGCCGAGCGCGGCCUCUGCGAAGGGGGAUCCCCAUCUGGUCAACGUCUACGGCCAACGAUUCGACCUGAUGCAGCCUGGUCUGCACUCACUGGUUCAUAUUCCAAGGUUUGCCGGGGCGGUUCGCACCCUUCUGGACAUUCGAGCAGACGUCCAGAGGCUUGGGGCCACUUGCGCAGACAUGUACAUCCAGUCGAUCAACGUGACAGGUGCGUGGGCCUCUGUGCCCGAGUACCCAGCUGGCAUGUUCUUCUCGGUUGAUGCGUCGUCACACACUCAUGGAUGGCAGAAAUUCGGCCAGGUCAAGUUGAAGGUGAUCCAGGGUCACACCGAGACUGGCAUCGCAUAUCUCAACUUCCUCAGCCGCAGCCUGUCGAAGGUGGAGUAUUCGAUCGGUGGCCUCCUCGGGGACGAUGACCACACCGAGGCGUCCAGAGUCGACCCCAAUUGCCACACGAGUGUCAACAUCUGAGGCGGGCCACCAGACGAGAGCUGCAGACUGGCGUUCCAGCCAGCCUCCAUCCCGGUGCUGCUGCGGACUCCCAUACGUUGUGCCGACGCCUGUGUCGUCGAGCAUAUGACACACUGUUUCAAACCCUGAUGCUCUAGCAAUUAUAAGUCUAUUAUAUUGCCGCCGUGUGGAGACAUAAGACCGCGUCAACGGACAAAACAAUGCCCUGGAUGCGAAAUACUGCAAUUGGCGACUUUUAGUUUAAUGACGGCGACUCUGGUGAACCACUAAGUCCCUCGGUGCGCUCUCGAGAUUGGUCAAGGGCCUGGUGUUACAAUAGCUCGCCAGCGAAUUCCAAUUUCUCAUUUAUUUGAUUUGGUGGUGGCUCCGUAAACAACUGCCCCAGGG